AUGAACUUUAAAUAAAAAAAUAAUCGACUAACAAAAGUUUAGUUUUACUAUGAAUAAACAUAAUAAAGAAGAAGGAAAUAAGGCACAAAAAAUUUCAAAACUUAUUAAUUAUUUCAGUCUCCUUAAAAAAGUUCAAGAAUAAUUAGAAAAACUAAAUUUGAUAUAAGUUCAUAAAAAUUAGGUAAUUCUAGUUGUUGUUGUUCUGAUUGUGGGAAAGAAUCUAAUUUUAAAUAGAGAAUUUUCAAAAUUUACAUAUUUACGGAGACAUAAUAAAUGAAAAAAGAGUAGUAAAAAGAGUAAUAAAUAUUGGAUCGUUACAGAAAUUCUAAAUAUAUUAAAACUUUUAAGAAACUUGUUUAUUGUUUGAUUUUUAUAAUCAGAUAUAAGAUAGUUUAAAAUAUCAGGUAUAGAUAAAGAUAAAGAAUGAAAAAAGCAUUUAAAACAAGAAUAGAUAAUCCAAGAUUGACAUUUCUUAAUGUAUUGUAAAUUGCAACUAAAUAAUUUCAUGUAAGUCCUAAAUUUAAAUCGGCUACUAACUUUGAAUAUGUCUAUAGCUAAAAUAUUACAGUAGUAAACUCUCCUUAAGAUUCAGAUGAAGAAUUUUAUCAUCUAAAACCAAAAAAAUCUUUAGUACAUAAAUUCACUUCAGAUGAAUAAUGCAUUCAAAAGAAAUUAUCAAAAUCUCAAAAAAAACUUUAUUUAAUUACUGGAUUAAAUUCAGUUUUAAAUUAAUAUGUUACAAAGAAAUUAAACAAAUCUACUUAAUAAUUUAACAAUUAGCAAUAAUAAAAAACAUUACCUCCUUUACUUUCUAAGCAUACUUCUCCUAGAUAAAAUUAAUCUACUUAUUUACCUAAUAUUAGGUUAAAAUAAAUUAAUUGA